AUGGGGCUCAAAUUUUAUUCCAGCCUUCACGGGGGCCUCGCCAUUCUUUUCUCCUUCUGCUUCUUCACCGCCAGCUCUGGGCUCGACUAUUCCGAAGUCCAGCAAUUCGGCAACAGUUGUCCUCAACUGGAUAGUUGCCAACACCUGAGGAAUUCGCGGCGACGGGAGCUGGCGAACAUCAAAGAAAUGAACUGUGCGUGCGACCACCUGUGUUCCUCGUAUGGUGACUGCUGCAUUGAUGCUCCUGACCACUUCAUGGGCAGCAUCGCUAUCGAUGUGAGUUGCUACGAAAUGAAACAGUUCGGUGGAGUAUACAUAAUAGAUUCGUGUCCGAACUCAUACCAGGGACCAGAUGAGGUGAAACAGUUGUGUGAAAAGACUUCUGCUGGUAGCCUGCCAGAUCCUCUGGGGUCUAUGCCGGUUACCGAUUCUUCGACCGGCCUCACUUACAAGAACUAUUACUGCAGCAUGUGCAACGACAAAACUGACAACAUUGUGAUUUGGACGCCUAGGUUAGAGUGCCCGACGCUGACACUCUUCAACAGUUCUAAGAGUGUUACCGAGGAAUACGUCUUUCAGAACUUAGCUUCGGACGGCAAAGACUGGGGUCUCUAUCUUGAUGGAGAAAACGGAUCCUUGUUUUUCCAUGAUUGUGAAGUUGAUCCUGUCAUGCCUCUACUCCUGCAGAGGAAGAUCCGAUUGUGUAAACCGGAUCUGAUCUCAGACUGUGUUGAAAGUUGGCCAGAUGAUCGAACUCGCGCUUUGUGUCGAUCGUAUAUGGGCACCAAGUUCGUUCACGGUGGGGAUGGUUAUCGGAACGUCCACUGCGCACUCUGCAAUCACGUGAAUGCGUCUCACCUUUCGUGCCAGUCCGCCGAGAUGAGGGGCAUCCAUUUCUUCCGCCAAUUUGAGACUCAUGCGUUCUCUCUGCUGCUGGACAUCAACGAGAAGAGAGGACAAGAAGUAGGCAUGGUUCAAGUGUGUGACAAUGGAGAAGUUUACGAUCCAUUCUUUAAAAGAUGUCGCAGUUUGACUUGUCUGCCUGGUCAUGUCAGGCAGGAAAGACGUUGUGUGCCCAGAAACAAAACCUUGAUGUCCUCGAACCAGCCCGAUGCUUCAGCAGUUGAGCAGAACAAUGAAAAUCGUACAGACUAUGGCGUGGAAUACGUAUUCGAUGCCCCAGAUGUUGGCGUGGAUUUCAGAAAUAUUUCUAGCGUGUCCUAUAACAUAUCUGCAAUGAAUGGAGAAAAUCAGUUUCAAGAAGACGUUGGAAAAUUUCAAAAUUGCCUGUUAAUUUCUCUCGGAGAUGAAGAUUAUGUGAAACUUCCCAACAGCAGCAUUUAUGUUCCGAAAUACGAUAGGAUAUAUGAGCCGACUAAGUAUCAUGCUGCUGACGGCUCUAUUUUAAUAUGUUCUCAUUUUGAAUCUGAAAAUGACUCGAAAUUCGUGCCUCUAAUGGGAUACAUCACAACUGUCGGCUUAGGAAUUUCGAUGCUCUGCUUGCUUCUGCAUUUCAUUGUUUUCUGCAUGGUUCCAGAUCUCCAGAACUUAUCGGGGAAGAAUCUCGUAUCUCAGUGUAUUGCCCUCUUUUGUGCUUAUGGCUGCUUCAUAAUUGGGCAGUUCGACACCCUUGGCUUUACGGCAUGUACCGUCAUAGCAUUCCUUACUUUCUAUUUCUUCCAAGUGUCUUUCUUCUGGAUGGGUGUCAUGGCCUACGAUGUCUGGAGAACUCUGAAAAUGGCCACCACAGAGCUUAGAGUUUCGGGAGGGAGGCAGAUGAGAAGAUUUGCAGCUUACACGUUCUUCACUUGGGUGACACCUCUAUUUGUGAUGAUUCUAAUCGCGUUCGCAGAGUACACCGACGCGUUCCCCUUGUCUUACAGACCCGGAUUUGCAAAGCCUCGAUGCUGGUUUAAGCGGAGGAGAGCCCUUCUCGUGUUUUUCGCUACCCCCUUGAUUGCUAUCAUGCUCGCCAACCUUCUGCUGUUCCUGCAUAGCGCCCGGAUGAUUCUCAUGACCACUCAGACCACCAUCAAGCAGCAAAGCCAAUCUCAGAAGCGCAAUUUCAAGCUGUACCUCAGGCUCGCUCUGUUGAUGGGCCUGACCUGGGUGGUGGGACUGGUCGCGGGGUACGCAGACAUAGCGGCUCUGUGGUACGUAUUUGUUGUCCUCAACACUCUUCAAGGUCUCUUUAUCUUCGUGGCUUUUUCAUGUACGACCAAAGUGCUCAAUCACCUUCGAGACAAACUGAAGAGCAAGUGCAAGCCAAGAGAAUUCAAGUCUGGCUCCAGUGGGUCUGCUUGCAACACCAGCAGCAUCACCGUUAGUUCUAAUCCCUCCCUGAAGCUCUCCACCAAGCUGCUCAUUCGUUCAAAGAAGCACGCAGCAUCACCAACUAAUUCUUCAGCUUAAAAAGAACAAUUUAAGCAAGUUUUAUGUCCAUCAAAAUGUGGUAUAUUUCCGGCACUGCUUAUUUAGUUUCUAAUUUUCGUAAGGAACGCUACCUAUUAUGUGCUUAACAUCUUCUACAAUACGGGCAAGAAACUAAGCGUAAUUAUGACGCUGCCUAUUCUUCCUUGGGGAUGUCUUUUUUCUCAAGGGCAAAAAGUGCAUUUUUUUUAAAUGAGCACACAUCGACUGAAUUUGCAUUUUUAUUUCAACCUUUUUCUUUUAGAAUUUUAUCUUUAUUAGUCAAGUUUUGUGAUAUAUUUUAAUGCUCAACAAAGAUCUGAUUUAGUCGAUCGUAAUGUCGAGAUGUCUUUGAAAGAAAUAACUUAAACAUUAUGUUCAAAAGAAUUUACUUAAAAAAAAAGAUACUUGUUAUAUAUUAAGAGAUGUAUAUAUAUAUGUUUUUGUAAAUUUGAAUUAUGUGUGUGUUUUAACUAUUGUGUGAAAAGGGCGUGGAAGGUGAUGUGUAAUAACUGUAUGUAUGCUUCGUAAUGGAGUUGUGUGCUUUAGAUGUUCCAUGACUUUUAAUUUUUGACACCUCUUUCGUAUUUUAAGCAUCUGCGAAAAAUGCCGGAAAAUUCGGUAUUAAUUUUUUGCAGCCAAUUUUGUGCAAAUAUAUAUUUUUUAACUUUACUUACU